AUGGCUAUAAUUUGCCUUAAGUGCCGUGGAAUUGGCCACAAAAUGUUAGAUUGUCCGACUCUGAAAGGACAUGACAACAAUAGCGACCCUAAAAUGGAGCCAGAUCACCUUGCUACUGAGCCGCUUGCGGGAGGACUUGCUAGUCCAGUUAGUCAACUUUGCAAAAGGUGCAAGGGAUUUCGAAUUAUAGACUGGCUUACAAACGAAGAUAUUAGGGAUGAAGUAGUUAUUGGUAGAGACGGAGCAAAUUCGCAGGGAUGGGAGAAUAAGAAUCACAACUCCGGCCGCAGGUUAGGCCUAGGUCCACUCCAUUCGAUUUUCUUAGAUGCGUCAUGUUCGCUCUGCCGAAUGAUCUCUCGAGUCUUCCCUCUAAUCCCCGAGGAUGAAGAGGACUGGGGCGCUGAGUAUUUCAUACGGCCCAUACGGAGUUACAACCGACUUGGCGAGAGUAUUGCACCGCCUGAGGAUUCCUCGAAAGAACCAGAUGAUAAAUACGCAGUUUAUGCCGUUGUUGAUAGUCGAGAGGACGCGAUGUCCACUCUCAGUCGGCAUUUUGGAGAACCUAGAGAUCAGGCGGUAUAUGGCUUUGAGUUGGCAUUCGCCCUUUCUCACAAGACACCCGCCCCCUCUAGACCGGGAUUCUCGGCUCGCGAGAGAGGAGUGACAUGGCAACCGGAUAUUGUGAAAUCCUGGAUGAGCCGAUGUGAACAAAAACACCCGCGAUGUCGGGUGGAAUGGUCAGAUCAACUUCUUAUAUGCAAGAUGAUCGAUGUAUCAUCUCGUCAAAUUGUUAGCUGCCCUCCACAUUGCCGGUACAUUGCCUUGAGUUACGUUUGGGGUGGCGUGAGCCCCAAAGAUGGAGCAUUAGAGAGCAGAGAACUCCCUCAGACGAUUGAAGACGCUAUAACGGUCACCAAAGCUCUCGGGAUAGGGUAUCUUUGGGUGGAUGCGCUAUGCAUCGACCAGACUCCUAGCCCGGAAAAGGCCCAGCAGUUGAGCAUGAUGGAUAUUAUUUAUAGUUGUUCUUGGGCGACUAUAGUUGCCCUUGAUGGCAAUGAUGCUAACGCAGGGCUUCGCGGGGUGAGUGCGAAAAGUCCCAGAGAACCUCAAGCUAGCGAGAGCAUCGACGGUAGCAAGGUUCUUAGUCUAUUUCCAGCUCUACCACAGGAGCUAACUGGGACAACAUAUUUCACACGGGCUUGGACCCUCCAAGAGUAUUUGCUGGGUAGUCGCCGUAUCCUCUUCGGCAAGCAUCAGAUCCAUUUUCUCUGCAAUACUGGAAAUUAUUGCGAGUCGAUCGAUGACACAGUUGAUCCAGGAGGACUUCUAGAUAUAGGUGCAAAGCAAGCCAACUUAAUUCUGACCGACUGCACGGAACACAGCGAGGAUUUAGAGUCUCAAUGCGACUUUGCGGACUUUACUUUUCGCAAGCUGGCUGGAUUGUAUACGAACCGUACGAUGACAAAUGAUUCAGACUCCCUAAAUGCAUUCAGAGGCAUGUUGUCUUCUCUGCAAAAGACUUUUCUGCCACAGGGAUUUAUCUGGGGUUUACCUCUGAAAGAGUUCCCGCAGUCCAUGCGGUGGUAUCAUCCUCGAGCUGUUAAGCCCCGCCGUCGCCCAGAUUUCCCAUCCUGGUCAUAUGUUGGAUGGGAAGGCACGAUAGCUUAUACCGAUAGGCUGGAUUUUGCAACUGGGCGUACCGGUGGACGAUUUGACGAAGUGGCCGAUCAGAUCUUACGUUAUCUUGGAUUCGAGGACACGAUUUUGACUGUCGAUGGCGUGCUUAUACGACUAGAGGUGCGGAACGAGCCGUUCAACAACGCUUAUAUCCCCGGAACAGACUUUCUCCUCGGAAUCUUGCAAGAAGGCAACUUUCUCCAUAAAAAUACCUUACCUCAAGGGACUUUCGACUUUUUGGUGGUUGAGAGAUUGUCCUUUCGAUACGCACCCGACAGCAACGUCCGCCACGUAGUGUAUAUGGUAAUGUUAGAAGGAGAAUUAGGGUCCUACAGCCGGCGUGCGAUGGUACGCUUGUUUGUUGAACCUGGACUAGACAAGCAGCAGGACUACUCGGCAUUGUUUGGAAGAAGCCGAGUGGUUCAUCUCCUGUAA